AUGGAAGAGGCGGGAAUGGAAGAGGCGGGAAUGGAAGAGGCGGGAAUGGAAGAGGCAAGAAUGGAAGAGGCGGGAAUGGAAGAGGCAGGAAUGGAAGAGGCGGGAAUGGAAGAGGCGGGAAUGGAAGAGGCGGGAAUGGAAGAGGCGGGAAUGGAAGAGGCGGGAAUGGAAGAGGCGGGAAUGGAAGAGGCAAGAAUGGAAGAGGCGGGAAUGGAAGAGGCAGGAAUGGAAGAGGCGGGAAUGGAAGAGGCGGGAAUGGAAGAGGCGGGAAUGGAAGAGGCGGGAAUGGAAGAGGCGGGAAUGGAAGAGGCGGGAAUGGAAGAGGCGGGAAUGGAAGAGGCGGGAAUGGAAGAGGCGGGAAUGGAAGAGGCGGGAAUGGAAGAGGCGGGAAUGGAAGAGGCGGGAAUGGAAGAGGCGGGAAUGGAAGAGGCGGGAAUGGAAGAGGCGGGAAUGGAAGAGGCGGGAAUGGAAGAGGCGGGAAUGGAAGAGGCACGCCAGUGA